GUAGCGCGGCGCGUCUCAGGCGAAUGGCUCGCGCUCCUGAGGCGAGUGUGCAGAGCUCCGGGUUGUUCGCCACGUUCGCCGAGAAAAGAUGAUUAAAAGUAAACAUUAUGACAGAGCGGAGAGUACAACGGGCGGCGAUGUGGAGGCGGAUUGCACCGCAGACACGAAGACACAUUUUCGUGUCUGUCGCUUCAUUAUGGAAACUGGAGUGAAGCUGGGAAUGCACUCCAUCCCUGUGGCAACGGCGUGCGCGCUCUACCACCGCUUCUUCCGGUCUGCGAGCCUCCAGGUGUACGAGCCCUACCUGGUGGCCAUGUCCGCCAUGUACCUGGCAGGGAAGGUGGAGGAGCAGCACCUCCGCACGCGGGACAUCAUCAACGUCUGCCACCGGUACUUGCACGCAGGCAGCGAGCCCCUCGAACUGGACAGUAAGUUCUGGGAGCUGAGGGACAGCGUGGUUCAGUGCGAGCUUCUCAUCCUGCGCCAGCUGAACUUCCACGUCUCCUUCCAGCACCCUCACAAGUUUCUGCUCCACUACCUGUUGUCCGUGAAAGGCAUUAUGAAUAGACAUGCCUGGUCUCGGACUCCUAUUGCUGAGACUGCAUGGGCUCUUCUGAAAGACAGCUAUCACGGGCCCCUCUGCGUACAUUACCCACCACAGCACCUGGCCUUGGCAGUGCUCUACCUGGCAUUGCACAGCUACGGGGUGGAGCUGCCCCGAGGGGCUGUAGAGUGGUGGCAGGUUUUGUGUGGAGAUAUUACUAAGGCUGAAAUUGAGUCCAUAAUUUCAGAACUCCUUCAGCUGUAUGACAUGGAGGCAAAGUGCACCUGACGGGUAAUAGUGUCAUAAGGUUCUUCUGAAUAAAUCGACAAUGUUGAAAUUCCUCACCUAAUGUUUGUGAAAAUGGAAGACAGAAUGGGGAAACUUUACAUUGUCAAGGGAAUAAAACAUGAAAGAAAGGAACCGAACUGAACACACAUGACUAAAUAGCAAGGGAAAAUUGAUUCAAGUUGUUUACAGGUGUAUAUGGUGGUUGGAUUACAUAUUUUUAAAUGUAAAUGUUUUGCAUGUGUUAACACUCAUGUGGCAUUCACAUCAUGAUGUACAUAUAUGUGUUUGUGUGUCUUCAAAGGAUGUUAAAUUGAUAAGGUGCGUUCUGUACAAAGUUUUGAAAUUUGGGGUACAUUUUUUGCAAUUACCAGAUGUUUUUUACAUGAGUAAAUUUACUUAUUUGCAGGUAUGUUAAUAUGAAGCCUCAGUAUGAGUAUAGUACUUUCUAAGCUGCUAAUUUUCAUUAAUGUAGAAGUCUGGUGGCAUGAAUCUCAUGAUAUCAACACGAGUGAAGAAAGCAAGGAAAAGGAGCUUACCUAAAUGCGUAGAGUUUCUAUGCUACUUAUUUGAAUAUUGCUCUCAAAUUACUUGCUCCAAGGAGCAAACAUUUGUGGUGUGAUGAAUCUUCAGUCAAGUCGCUGAUUUAUAUCUUCAGUGCUCAGGUCAUGUUACUUUCAAUCCAGUGACUAUUUUAACUGAGCACUGGGACAUAAAAUUCCCCAGAUUCUGCAGCUGUACUGGAGCUUAUUGGAGAGCCCUGGGCAAGUGACUGGCUGAGCAAGAAUAAAGAAUAUAUUGGCCUGUUCGAGUUUUCUUUCCAUUUAACUCCUUUGUGAUCUGAUUUCUCUUUGAGCAGCAGCACUACAAGAAAGCUCUUUUAUGGGUGCAACACAGUUUAAAUCGGUUUCCUGGUCACAGUUAAAAGCCCAGGAACCUGUUUUCUUUGUAGUACUUCAGAGGCAGGACUUUUAAGUGCAUCAUUCAUUUACAUUUAUUUAUUUAGCAGACGCUUUUCUCCAAAGCGACUUCCAGUGAACUCUAU